UUUUCUUCACGGAAAUAAUCAGUCUAUCACUUUGCGUGACACUGGGCGGACGUUCGUGAUAAUGAAACAAUAAACUACUGUUUUCUACAUAAAUCGUAAAAUAUAAUCUUUUAAAAUGUGGUGGCUUUGGCUAAUACUGUCUUUGAUCUUCAUAAAACUGUACAACAAAUCCGUGUGCGGAUGGUGUUACGCGAGAAACAUAAUGACUGGUAAAGUAGUUAUAGUGACGGGGGCCAAUGCCGGUAUCGGGUUCGAGACUGCCUUCAACAUGGCCCGACGAGGCGCCAAGGUGUACCUCGCCUGUCGCGACGACGCACGAGGCGCUAAGGCCGUCGAAGAAAUAGUUAGCAGAACCGGGAACAAACACGUCAUUUACAAAUACUUGGAUUUGGCUUCACUGAAUUCCGUUCGGAGUUUCGUCGAAGACAUAAAGAAGGCGGAGUACAGAGUGGACGUUUUGAUCAACAACGCCGGUAUGACCGGGUACGGUCUGAAGAAAACUGAGGACGGCAUCGUCACAGAGAUGCAGGUCAACCAUUUCGGGCAUUUUCUUCUGACCGUACUCCUGGUGCCGUUGCUCAAGAAGUCUGACGACGCUAGGGUAGUGGUUGUAGCGUCGACCCUGCACAGAUUCGGGAGUAUCGACUUCAAGACUAUAAACAAGGAAGCUACAUGGAAGAUACCGUAUUACGGAGCAAUAAGACUGUACAGUACCAGCAAACUCUGCAAUGUAUUAUUUAGCAAUGAGCUGGCCAAAAGAUUAGAAGGAACCACUGUAACUGUGAACAGCCUGCAUCCGGGGCACGUCAGGACGUCUAUCUACAAGAACCUGGACAGAGUGACAGAAACCGUCAUGAACUUUUUGUUGUCGACCUUCUUCAAGAGCGCCGUGGAAGGAGCUCAGACCAGCAUCUACCUGGCAGCGGCUGAUGACCUCACUGGCACGACCGGAAGGUUCUUCGAGGAAUGCAAGGAGGCGAGGAUGUCAGUGAAGGCUGAAGACGAGGAAUUGGCUGAAAAGCUUUGGAAUUAUUCCGCUGAACUGGUCAAGUUAAGGCCGGAAGAAGCUAUCUAAUGGAGUGAUGUUGAAGAUACUAAUUUUAUGUAAAUUUAAUAAGAUGUGUGGACGGCUACUGUGUAAAGUUGAAGGUGCUAUUUAGUUUUAUUAUUUAAGCCAUUGAGUCGUUUUAUAGCUGU